UCAUUCACCACCGAAGAUCUUGUUCUCUCCACGGAGCGCUCUCGCCAACCACUGCGACACUAGUGCACGUGAAUCAUGUCUACGCGAGGCGUCGACCGUGGCAAGAAGCGGGAGAACGUCCCUGCUGACACCAAGGGGCGGGCAGGGGGUCGGCGGCAUGUGCCGAAGGCGAAGAGGCUCCGUUCAGAAGAGCCAUCACCAAGCGGGCCUGUCCGGCGAGGGCGGUAUUGGGCGCAAUCGAACGAAGACGAAGAUGACAAUGUGUUCAUGACAGAGGACGAAGCAGCAGAUGACACCGCGGCACCCCGGGACAGCAGUCAUCAAGCGAAGAAUGAUCAGGCCGCGGCGAGGAGAUUGCUCACGCCCCCCGCGGAGGGGCAACAAGGUCGUGGGCAGAGCAACACGAAAGCUAAGGAGGCUGUCGUCGACGUCGACGACGAGGACAAUGAGUCAUUGGAAAGCCGCAGGCAGCGAAAUGUAAUGCAAGGUGCCAGGGCGACGGGAGUAAGGAUAUGCGUCGCGGAAGAAAGGCCACCUCAGGGCGCCAUGCCGUCCACGCCGUCACAGCCGCGACCGCACAACACGGCUGAAGAUGGAGAGUCUACCGAACGCGGGGGUGGUGAGGUGGCCCAGCAAGAAGCACGCGUUGCGAGCGCUGGCGCGAUCCCUGGUGCAGGCGCGGGGUCGUCGGGCAAUGUCGCUGUCGUGGCGGGGGCGAGAGAGGAGGUUCCUGUUGUGGAGCGGAAGGUUGCGCGUGGCGAGAAUACGGGCGAAAGAGAGGACGACGACCCCCUUUUAAGCCAGGAGCGGAGGGGAGGGUUGGCGAGAGAUCUUGCCGACCGUGCCCGCCUGUGGGUCGACGACAAAGCGUUCUGGACAACGGGGGAGGGGCGCCGGCUCUACGACAUCGUCCACCGAACGCGGGAGCACUUCGACGCCAUCGCCAGCGGGGUGCAAGCGCCCAUCGUGUCCAGGGGCGUCGUCAUGCCGAAAUUCGCGACGAGCAUCACGAGGAUUGCUGAUCCCGCUCAACUACAGCAAGCGAUCAUCCGCGGGGGGGCUGCAGAGAACAUAGUUUUGCGCGUUUUGCAUGGGUGGGUGUUCAAGUCAGGGAACCGCCCCCGCGGAUACAAUCUCGCUUUCCAGUACGCGUUGGAGUCGGUGGCCACGGACCUUGCGCGCGUUAUGUGGUACGGCGAGGAGUGGAGCAACGUGGUGAGCGCGGCCGUUUGCCCGCACACGAUCAACCUCAAUAUGGACUUGCCACUGUGGUUUGCGGGGGUGAACAUCGACGACAGGCCGGAGGACGACGACACGGCUGCGUACCGGGAGUCGACCGUCCUGUGCGUCACGCAUGCAUUUCGUGCCGCUGUGCAAAUGGGUGCCAACGUCAACGGCGGGUUCAUAUCGCACGAUCGUAUGUCGAGGAUCGCGGAUUGCUUCAGGCUGUUGUUGGCUGCCUGCAUGUGGUUGAUGCGCAUGGCGGGAGACGAUCAUCGUAGCCACUACGAAGCCUUCUACUUCGCGCAGCUGGUCGCGAAGUCCACGCUGAUCGCGUCCAUGCAUCGCGCCUUCGAUCAUCGAAGGUCUGUCAUCCGAGCGACGAACGUCGUCACGGAGAGACUGGGGAAGGCGAACUCCACCUUAGGAGAGUACCCGAAGUACAUCCCCGAUUGGGCUUCGUGUGGCAUCACGUUCGGCCACGACGUGAGCAUCACGGGGCCAGAGGACGCUAAGAAGAGGGAUUGGUUGGGUUCGGGCCCCUUGGAGGAGUACGGUGACGACAAUGGCGAAAACGACGCGUAGGGGGUGGAGUGGUGGUGUUGUGCUAGAUUGCCUUGGUUUGCUUGUCACUCGUGAUGGCACGUGGACAGCGGGAAAGGUGGCGGCGCAUAGCGACACAGAUUGUUGUUGGUCUCUCCCUUCGUUCCGCACGAGCACAGCGUGUCUGUCGUGCGUGUAGACGCCCUCCGUUUUCGGCUGUCCACUCUGGCAGGGUGGUAGAUGCAACUUCGCUCGUCGGUGUCCUUGCUUGUUUAUUUAGUUUGGCAGUUCGCAGUGUUCAUGCG